AUGUUAACAAUAACUCAAGGUUUUAUAGUCCUGGUCAUUUUUUUGUUAAUUGUUGAGUUUUUCAGGCUGCGAAAAGCUUGCAAGCAAUUUCCUCCUGGACCAACUCCUCUCCCAUUGCUUGGAAACUUGGUGCACUUGAACUUUCAGUUUCAUCGGGAUCUUCUGAUGGAGCUGGCAAAAACUCAUGGUAACAUGUACACUCUGUGGUUUGGGUGGGUCCCAGUGAUUAUACUGAAUGGAUUUCAAGCAGUGAAGGAUGGUGUGACCACACACCCUGAAGAUGUUUCUGGGAGGCUGGUGUCACCUUUCUUCAGAGCACUGGCCAAAGGAAAAGGUAUUAUACUUGCAAGUGGGCGCUCCUGGAAGCAGCAGAGACGUUUUGGAAUAAUGACUCUACGCAAUUUGGGAAUGGGGAAAAAAGGCCUGGAGCAUCGAGUGCAAGAGGAGGCCUCUCACCUGGUGGAGUUUUUUGUGAACCUCAAAGGAAGACCUGUGGAUCCUUCUUUCCCUCUUUUCCAUUCUAUUUCAAAUGUAAUUUGUGCUGUGGUUUUUGGAUAUCACUUCUCUGAUGAGGACAAAACCUUCCAUGAACUGAUCCAUGCUACAGAGAAAAUAUUCAGGUUUGCAGGCAGCUUUGUUCAUCAGAUGUACGAAAUCCUGCCCUGGCUGCUCUGUCGCCUCCCUGGGCCUCAUAAGAAGGUGUUGGCUUGCUAUGAUGUCCUGAGUUCUUUUGCAAGGAAGGAGAUCAGAAGACACGUAGAGAGAGGGAUACCAGCUGAACCACAGGAUUUCAUUGACUUUUACCUGGCUGAGAUUGAGAAAUCUAAAGAGGGGGCCAAGCCCAAGUAUGAUGAAGAGAAUUUGGUAUAUGUCAUAAAUGAUCUUUUCCUUGGUGGAUCAGAGACCUCAAGCACUACAUUGUACUGGGGACUGCUCUAUAUGGUGGUGAAUCCAGAUAUCCAAGCAAAAGUGCAGGAGGAGCUGGAUGCUGUUCUGGGUCCUUCCAAGUUAAUUUGUUAUGAGGAUCGCAGAAAACUGCCCUACACAAAUGCUGUGGUUCAUGAGAUUCAGCGCUUCAGCAACAUUGUCUUUGUUGGUGUCCCCAGAUUGUGUGUGAGGAACACAACUCUACUGGGAUUCCCUGUCAAAAAGGGCACCAUUGUUAUACCAAAUAUAGCAUCUGUUCUGUAUGACCCUGAGCAGUGGGAGACACCUCGACAGUUCAACCCUGGCCAUUUUCUGGAUAAAGAAGGAAACUUUAUACCUCGAGAAGCUUUCUUACCAUUCUCAGCAGGGCACCGGGUGUGUUUGGGGGAGCACUUAGCCAGGACCGAGCUCUUCAUUUUCUUUGCCAGCCUGCUGCGGGCGUUCACCUUCCGCCUCCCCGAGGGAGUGACCAAGAUCAGCACGGAGCCCAUUUUUGGGGGCACUCUGCAGCCCCACCCCUACAGGGUCUGUGCCAUCCCACGCUAGGCUGCAGCAGCCACAGGCCAGCAUGAGACAGCCACCUUUACCUCCGUGAAUUUCCUCUCAAGCCCAGGCAAAACUGUCCCUGUGGAGGCUUCAUGGAAUGACCCAGUGAAUCAUUGGUGUGUAGUGUGGGAACCUAACAUCUGUAGGAUUACAUUUUGGAGAAAAGAAAUUAUCUGUUGCACCAGCCUAUGCAUUUGUGGAAACUAUUUCUGUAUUUGAGGAAGUUUAGAAACUCUUGGACAAACAGGAGGUGAAAGAACAGGAAAUUUUUGCUGUCUCUCCUGUGGAUGAUCUGGCAGACAGGGCCUUGACCAAGUGCCUGCUGAGACAUAACUUGGGAAACUAGAAAAGAUGCUCAUCCAAGCAAUUGUAAUCCUGGAGUAUGAGCCAAAAUGCACUAAAUGCUAUUCACUUUCCUUUUGAUUAAAAGUUUUGCCUCUGGCAUAUUUCAGAGCUUAAUUCAUUCAUUUGCCAAAUGCCUUCAGGUGAGAAAAAUGCACUGUGAACAGGAAAUCUGAUUUUCUUCAGUACUAAAAUGAAAUUUCAUGUUUAAAAAAGACAGAUAAUUUGCUAGUUGAAUUGGUGUUACACACACUUCCUUUACCACGUUGUUAAAGAACCAUUUGUCAUCAUGCAUGAGAUCUGCAUUUAAGUCCAUGCUGUAAGGGCAGCCUUGAACUGGGAACAGUGGGUAAUCCAAGACAAGGAAAUCCCUCCUCAUAAAAUCUUUGUGCUGAAAUGUUGUUAUCUUCUCACUUAUUUUUUAUCUUCAUUAUAUUUAUAUUAUUAUCUCCAUUAUAUUUGUAAUUGUGAAAUGUUACAUUAAUAACAUUUGCAGCUGAAUUAAAUUGAAAGUAACAACAAACUUGAGGGUCACGUAAGAACAGAUUUAUGGGUAUUUGUAGACAGUUGAGUUUCAACAUGUGCAAAAUACAGUUGAUGUACCUGCAAAAAUCACUGUGAACUCAAAUAGUCAGUGGAAGAG